UCUCACCGUUUUAUCAGUUGGAAACGCUAGGCGUUAAGUGCUUUAUUAAUUUGUUAUGAAUUAGACAAUAUUUAUUUUUACGUGUAACAUCAUUUUAAAAAUAAUAAAAUCAUGUCUAACAUCUCGAACAUCGCCAAAAUUUCUGUAGAAAAACACGAUAGUAAAGAGCAAUUUUUGUAUGAUUUGGAUAAAAGUAAAACCUUGUGUGAUAUAGUGAGUGAUAUAUGCAAAUCAUGUGGAUUGCCAAUUUCAACAGUAUACGGUCUAAAACGCAUCAAUAUUAACAACCCUUCCAUAGACACGUAUUUGUCAGAUAAGAAUUACCAUGAUGUACAACAUAAUGAUUGUCUGAAGAUAGUAUUUUCAAUUAGUUAUUUGUUGAAUCACAGAAUACUUCCUCAUAUAAAUGAACCCGCAUGUAGUUUAGAGAGGGUUCUAUCUUACGAAGCCUUAUUAAAAUUGGCGUUAGAUCCAAUUUUUAUUGAAGAAUUAGUGGAGACAGAAAAACAUUCCAAAUUACUUGAGAUAUUCAUAAAUGACAACACUCUACGAGAAAAAGAACUUUUGGCUUUAUUAGCCACAAUAUGUCACCUUUUUCAACUAGGAUUUAUAUCUGACAUGCCCAUAGAACUCUUACAGAAAACGAUAGAUAUACUCAAAAGUAAAUGCGAAAACUUUGUGGUAGAUCACAUUCAAUAUGCCUUGUCAAUUUUGCAGAAAAUUUUAGUGAUUAAAAAUCAGGAAUUUAUUCAUUGGAAAGAAAAAAUUAUAGAAACAGUUCCUAUAACAUGUCUCACGCCCUACAUUCGCCACGCAAAUGGCAAAAAAUUGCAAUAUGGGGUUCUUUUACUAAUCAACACGAUUAUAAAAUGUUGUAAAGGGGAACAGAAAAAACAACUGAUAAAAGAAAUGAAUUUAACCCAAAACCGAGAAGAUAUUUACAAGCACAUAAUAGCACCUGGUGGAUUUGAUAAGAAAAUGGAGCAUGAAUUGUAUGUUAUACAAACCUACAUUUUAAGUUUAUACGAAGAAGCUCUAAACAGUAAUGUAAGCCUAAAUGACAAUAACGUAUUUAAAAGAGAAGAAUUUGAACUGCCGGAAGAUGAUGUUAGAAGAUUAACAAUUUUAUUAGAUUUUGAUGAAGCUACUAAUUCAAUGAGGAGUAAUUCUUUGGAAAAUUUACUUAGUUAUCAACAAGCAGAACGAUUAUCACUUGCUUCUGUUAUGAGCGACAAAAGUGUAAAUUCGAGGAAAUCAUCUACAGUAUGUUCGCCAAAAUCUCGACAAACUAGUUUCAAUUAUGACUUUGACAAUUUAACCAUCAGCUAUUUAACUUUGGAAGCUCUUAGGCACUACAAAAACAAUCACAAAAAAAAUUUCUGCCAAUCACAAAUUGAAGAAAGAGUUUACGAACCUGGCAUAUUUGUAACUAGUGAAAAAGUAGUGAAAAUUUUGGCUGACGUCUUGGACAUCGGUAAAGAACGACCGAAUUCUAAAAGUGUAUUCUAUCAACCUAUUGUGUUUAAUACAUCACCAAAGAUGCCAUUUUUUUUAGAAUUGUUUUCAAGAAGCAUGUGGUUGUUGUCAAGAACAAGAAGAGAAAUGAAGGUUUCCACUAUUGAAGAUUAUCCUAAAUUAAUGAGAACAUUGAAAAAACAAAUCAAAAUGGUUUUGAAAAACCGGCCUUUGGAUUUCAAGACUUUAACUGAUCAUAUGAGUGAAAUGAAUUUCGAUGCUGUUUUGAAACAUUGGCAGGAUGAAAAAGAAGAAGAAAUGAAGGAACUGUUAAAAAGUCACCCUUGCAUUCAAGAAUUAAAAGAAGUUUACACGCGACAAAACGAACCUUUCCUUCGUCAGAAUAGAAUGAACGUUUUGAAAAAAGGAGAAAAAUUCCCAAAAGUUUUUGAAAAGAAAGCGUAUGGAAAAAAAUUUGUACAAUUAAGCAGAAACGAAAGAGAAUUGUACAUAUAUAAUAUCGAAAACGAAAAAACAGAUAAAAAGGUUUUGGUGGAUACCAUAAUUAUAGCUGAUAUUACGCAUGUAGCUAUAGGGCGUAAUUGUAAACAUGCGAAUAUAUGUAAAAAUCCAGUCCUAUUAUUUUCAAUUAUCAUAAGUAAUUCUGAAAAGCAAGAAAAUUUUAUAGCCGAAUCUGAAAAAAUUGCUGCUACAUGGACAGAUGCGUUUAAUAUCAUGACAGGAAAUCCUCGAAGAAGUAACUACUACAACGAAGAACUUGACACUCUAGUAGAAAUGGACUUAAAAUUACAACUUAUAGAACUUCAAAACAUAACAAUUCCUAAAGAUCCACCAGAGAUUCCUCCUAUUCCAAAGCCUGUGCUUCCCCCAAAGCCAGAAAGUGUGCCCAAGAAGGGAAUAAGGAAUAGUAAGCCACGUUUACAAAAAUCAAUAAAUUAAUCAUUUUUUUAAAAAUAUGUAUCGAUAUUUGUUUUUGUGCCUAUAAUUAUUGUCUGUAUUACUAAUAUUAUUUAUUUAUAUUCUAUAUACUAUUUAUACAUUUUUAUUUAUUUAAAUAAAAUUUUACUGUCAAUA